UUCGUGUUUGUGCUAUUGUUCAAAUUUCAGGAAAGAGAUUGGCAGCAUUAAUCGAACGGCGAAACGGAAAAGCGAUAAUGACAUUUCGUCUGUUAUCAACUGAUUCUACGUUUUAUUUACUGACGUCGAUGCCUCGAACAAAAUUUAAAAAUAAACGUAAUCUAAUAAUAUUUCAAACUUAAAUGGGGAUUUUGAUUCCUAGGUUAAUCUCCGAUUGUAUUAAUUUAACACGUCCUAGAGUUUUGCUUAUAUGUUGGAAUAAGAUUGUAAAUAGUUUCUGAUUAUCUAGAACAAAAUAUUUCAACACCCUCAACAUGGAAAUGGAAGAAGCUUUGAAAGUGGGAUUCCUGUUUGUUCCACCACAUAAUUUUUUGCGGAAAACAUGGAUGAAAAGGUACUGUGCCUUAUACAAAGCAAGUAAUCAUGGGAUUCAGCGUAUGGAGUUAUUUGAAACAGAAGAUGCAUAUGUUAAGCAGAAUCCAACAAAAAUUAUACCCCUUACAGAUUGUUGGAAGGUGUCUCCUUUACCACAGAAAAAUCAACCAAAUGUCUUUGAGGUUAUUACAAAGACAAAUAGUUAUCAGUUUUCUGCCGACACUUUUCAAGAGAUGUCAGAAUGGCUUGUGUCGCUUCAAAAUGUUGCAUUCUCUAAAUCACAAGCAAAACCUUUGGCUCCCAUCGUACCUACUAAUGAAGAGAAACAAGAAGAAAACUUACUCUAUUGUUCCAUGGAUGAACCUGAAAUAUAUCCUGUAAAAGUGGUGGCGACAGAAGCUAGUUUAAGAAACAACUUAAAAGGAAAUUAUAAACUUGUUAUUACAGCUGUUAAUUUUUCUAUUGCUGAAGAAUGUUCUCAAGGAAGAAUUGGGAAAGUUAUAUUAACAUGGCCUUAUCGCCACAUCCGCAGAUAUGGAUGUAGUAUAGAAAAUUUCUCCUUUGAAGCUGGUCGAAAAUGUACUUCUGGUGAAGGCCUUUUUACAUUUUCAACUACUGAGGGAAUAAAAAUUUUUCAAAGCAUUGAUAGUCAUGUUUCUGCUCUGAAGUCAACUCAUGGGGAUUUAGAUAUUCCAAAUAGCCCUAGUAUCAAAGAAGAUAAAAACAAUUGUUUUACAUCUAAAGAUUCCUUAAAUAGUAAUGACUCCUCUUUUUCUUGGGCCACAAAUAAGUCUGAGCAUUCUUUUACUCUACCAUCUGUAGGCCAUACUGAGUCAUUGAUUCAUAAGAAUGUUAAGUCCUUGCCACCUUUUGGAAAACCUCCUCGCAAGAGCAAAUCAAAUAUUCAUAACAAUGGCUCAGAGAAAACCUCUAGGAUUCCAGAUUCUUAUAACCAAUAUGCGGAAAUUAGAAGGAACAGUACUGAUGUUUUAACUAAGAACUUGGAAUCUUCUCAUUCCAAUAGUGCUUCCAGUGCUACAGAAGAGGUUUCAUCUAAAAUGCAUCAUUUACCACCAUAUUCUAGUUCUGAUGAUGUAUUUACUGCUGCUCAUUCAUCCAAUAAAUAUGAUCUAAGUUCUUGCAUUGAAAAUAUCAGAAUAAAUGAAGUUCCUAGGAAAGAUGCUAAAGCAAAGCGUGCUCAUUCUUCUUAUGAUUAUGAAAAUUGUGAUUUAAUUAGUUUUGAAAGCUCAGCGCCAUCUCUGAGGUCUGCAGUUGCAACUGAACAUACUUAUGGAAAGCUAACUAUUACAAGGCAAUCUGCUCCGUCAAAUACUGGUAAUUUAUAUGGAUCUAUUAUUACUAACACUUCUGCUAGUGUUAGUACUAGUCCUGUAUACUGUAAUAUUCCUUAUUUAAAGAAAGGAAACAAUGAAUCUGUUCCUGAGCAUUUUUUAAAAAAUGAUGCUGAAUAUGCUAAAGUUUUAAAGAAAAACAAAAAUUCAUCAUAAUUUCUCCUUUUUUAUAAAUUUUUUUUGGGGGGGCUGUUGUAAUUCCCCCUUCCCCUGCUUUUUUUAUAUAAUUUAACAGCCUCAAAUGCUUUUUUUUCUUUUGCUGAUUUUGCUUAAGUAGGAUUCUUUCCAAUUUGGGCAAUUCUUCUAUGGAUGAAUUUUUGCUUCCCCCCCCCCUGUGGUGUGAUUAAUCCAGUAGAAGAAUUAAGAAGACAUAAAUCUAUUUUAUAUUCAUUUCUUAUUUGUAUGUGCUCAAUUUGCUGAUUUACCAUUGAUGAUGAAAUGAGUUUUUCUUAAAAAUUAAUGUUCAUUUAUAAAUUCUUUUAAUUUUUAUUGGAUAUAUUUAAUAAAAAAAUAUAUUUCACAACUGUUAGUUAAAUUAUAGUUCCAUGUUUUCAUUUCAUUUUUGUAAACUUAUAGUUAUGAGGCUUCUUUCCUGUCUAUACUAUACUCAUGCUAUUUCAUUGAAUCAAUUAUCAUUUAAUUCCUACUAUACCUUGAACAUCUUUUUACGAUUUUUAAUUUGUUUGCAAUUUAAUUAUGUACAUUUUAUUGCCUGUUUAAAUUUUAAUCAUAAUAAUUGAGUUUGAUUGUAGUUAAAUUAUUUUGCAUUACUUGUCUUUGAAGAAGAAGAAAUUUAUCUAAUCUCGUAAUCUCAAUUUUUUUCUGAAUAAUUUUCUUUUAAGGCCAACCAAAGAUAUCAUCCUUAUAUGAAGAAUUCUGGGUCAAUUUAACAAAUUUACUAAGGUUAAGGAAAAUGCUCAUUAAAAACAAAAUAAGAAUGAUGUUUACAAAAAGAAAAGCAUAUUACAAAGCAAAAAGAGAAUAAAUAAAUGCCAAUAGUAUUUCAGUAUUUGUUGAACAUAAGACAGUAUCAUGUACACAAUAAUAUAUAUAUAUAUAUAUAUAUAUAUAUAUAUAUAUAUAUUUGAUACUUUUCCCUACUGUUUGUGAAAGAUGAUGUAUUGCUGUUUGCCUUUAAAAGGGUUCAUAUAUGUCACUAUUGAAUCCAUUUGUUAAAUAUUAUUAAAAUAAGAAUUAGUUGGUCAAAGAUUUUAAUGAUUAUCUUGGUUUGAUUUCGCUUUAUUUUGGUAGUGAUGUGUUCAGUUAAAAAAUUUUGAAUGGUGAAUAAGAAUGAAAUAAUAAUAAUAAAAGUGCCAUGAAAUUUGUAAAAUAUUUUGAAAGGACAGUAGGUGUGUGUAUAUGUAUAUAUAUAUAUAUAAACGAUGAGCAAUAUUUUUGAGCUGAACAUUUAUAGCAUAUCCAAAUAUUUAUCAAGUUUUGACCAGUGAAAGUUUCUAAAUAUUGUCUUAAAUUUAAACAAUAAAAAAUUUAGUUGCAAAAAUCAAUAAUUUGAGCUGUCUGAAAGCACUCCUACAAUUUUCGCAAAAGUUCAAAUUGUGCAUUAUGUAGAUAGUGAUAAUUUUAGCUUCAGGAAAGAAAAAAAUGAUUUUGUUUUUGUUAUAAAUACCAAAAUAAUAAGAAAAUUUUAAAAUUAUUUAAAAAGUUUUUUUUUUAAUUGCUUGCACAUAAUGAAUUUCAAGUUGGGGAUGGCAAGGAAGUGGGUGGAAAUUUGUACCUUUCAGUAUAGUACUGUAAUACAAUAAGAAUAGAAUAUAGAACAAUAAAAUACUUUAUUGAUUAGAAUAAAUUUUAAUUAUUUAGAGCACUUAAGAAUUGCAAUUAAUUAAAUUGAAGUGUAGAAGCAAAUAUUGUAUUGAAUUUUGUGUUAAUUAAAUCUAAUAUUUCCAUGAUACAUAAUGAACAUUUGUUUGUAAUUAUUGAAUGAUGAUGAAACUUUUUUUGUUUAGUAUACGAAAUCUCUUUAUUAGUAAGUUGUUUUUGUAUUUAGAGUGCAUAUCAUGUGAAUAUAUAUUUUAUGAGUUAAAUAACAUGUUUUGUUUCUGAAGACUAAUUUCAAGAAUUGAGCAGCAAAAAAAAUUUUGUUUUCUGUAUUUGUGAUUUUCUGUUUUCUUACAUUAGGUUUGAUGUAUGAAGUUAUGCAUUCAACUAAGUUUUUUUUUUUUUUUUUUUUUUCCUAAUCCGUAUCAUUUUUUCUUUUCUCGCCAAUUCAAUUAUUAGCAUUUGCUUUUGGAUGUGAUUAUUAUGGUCGCAUCAAGAAUUUCAAGAAGCAUGCUGAUUUCAUUUUUAAACUUUAAUAGUUUGUAAGAACAAACUUAAACGCACAAAUUAAUAGCUUGAGUAUGAUGCAUGUAGAUACUGCAUUUUUUUCAUCUUCUUCAUGCCAAAAACAUGACAAAAGUUUGUUUAAUUGAUACUUUAUUUUUAAAUAUUUUGAAAUACUUAUUUGUUAGGAAGCAUUUAAAAUAUUGCAUAAUCAACUUUAGACAAGCAUGUUAAUUUUUUUGUUAGUAAAAUAAAACUACUAAAAUUUUCGUACAGCAUUACAAAUACAAAAUUUCUUUAACAUGUUUUAAGCAUUUAUAUGCUUUAUUAUUAGACUGAUGAUUUAGUAUUAAUCAAUCAAUUAUUAAUCAAAAACUUAUUUAAUACCAAUAAAUUAUUAUUAUUAUCAAUUAUGUCAAUAGUUUUUUUUUUUUUUUUUUGUUCAUGACACACAUACAUAAAUUCUUUUAGUGAUAUGCCUCAUUUUUUUUAAACAUUGGAGAAGGAAUAAUGGAAGUUCCUUGAAAUCUUUAGAUAUCAAUUUUAUGUGAUUUGUUAAUCAUGUAGUGUUUUUAUAUAAACUUUGUAUAAGAUUAUUUUUAUUACUAUUUUAUGGAUUAUUCUUUAUUCACUCACUCAGCAAGAAAAAAAUUAUAUAAAAAUAUCUUUUAGUAUAAACUUUGUAAAAAAGAAAUAUAUAUUUUAUGACAAUGUUAAAUUUAUGAAAUUUUAUAUAUAGAACUUUUUUGUAGAUUUUUUUUGUCUCCAUUCCACUGUUCUAUGUUCUUUAUUUUAUAGUGAGUGUUUUAAUGUUGUGAUAUCCAUGUUAAUUACACAGUUAUCAUCAACUUGGAGAUUAUUAAAUCCCUCUUAAAGUUUUAUAUAUCUCUGUUUUUAAGCAUCAAACGAGGAGUACUAUCUCCCUUGUAUUUUGAUAGCAUUGGGGGAUUUCUGUUACCUAAAAAUUUAGUAUUUUCAUUUUAUGAAAGACUUUUUUAAAUAAAUUAUAUUAAUCAUC